CCUUCAUGACAUAAACUACUUCAAAAUAUUUUCAUAUUUUUUUGGCUGUAUUUUCGUUAGAAUUUUUUUCUCGAAACUAUCGAAAUUUGUCGUAUUUUUAAAGAGAUUGUCUUAAUUCCAAUCAAAAUGAAAGUUACCCAAUGUCUGCCACCAAAGAGUCCAUAUCACAAACGUGAUUUCAGCGUAUGCCGGGAACCACACGACUUCGAUCCUCUGUUUAAGGAAAAUGUCAACGAUAUUGCUGACACUAUGAGUGAGAUUAUGAUUGUAUGUGGAAUCCAUCGUUGCAAGGCUAAACUGACCAAGGGAAUUGUGGUAAACGCUUUUCAGUUCUAUGACACGAAACGUCAUCGAGUUGAAAGUUCGGAAAAUGAAAAUAGCAUUUAUCGCGAACAGAUUGUGGGGCAAUUCGAACGCGACUGUCAAAUGACCAGAGUUGAGGCGCUGCUAGCUUAUUGCAUUAUCAAGAGGGCAAUCAAAGCUUUUUACCACGGCACCCCUGAUCACAGUAUUCGCAACCCGAUUCGAGAAGCAGUUAUCCUUAAGGAGCAAGAGUUCAUAUGGUUACAUGCCGCACGACGCACAAUUUUGCUCUUCGGGCGUUAUUCUCAUUUAUUUUUCAAUGCUCAGCGAAAUUAUCCCACUCAAAUAUUGAACAUCUAUAAAGGGCUUCAUGGCCGCAUCAGUGAUCGUGCUGAUCCCGUUAUCAUAGAGGAUUAUCAUCCAAGAGGAUGUGUGAAGAAAAUUAUACAUGGAACAAGAUCUCCGCCCAAGGGAGGUAAUAAAACACCAAAAUGUGUUGACAAGUGCCAAAAGUCAGCCGAACUGAGGGAAUACAUUGAAAAUUUACCGCCCAAAAGAUGGCCAAUAGAAAGUCCCCUUACCCCAUCCAAUGCUGCUCCAUUGGCUUGCCAUAAUCAACGCAUUAAUGAACCUGGGGUUACUCCCCCAAAUAAAAGAAAGGAAAUAAAAAAUAAAGAUCUCAAAGUGGAGCGCUGCUCGCAAUGCAAUUGUCCCAAACUCAUGUGUGAUUGUGACAUUGACCCUGACACAGGAGUUGUGGCGAUUGAUUGUAGUCAGGGCCCCUUUGAAUGCCAAUGGGUUAGGAUGGACAAAGAAGAUAGGCCAGAUCCAUGCAUUGAAAAACCUGAAUUCCACCAAUGUCCAAUAGAUUGCGAUCGAAGAGAAAAUUCCAGCAGUGAUUCCGAUUCGUCGGAAUAUUGUGAAUGUUCGGCAGAAAGCGAAAAGGAUGUGGAUGAGAGCGAUAGCUUUGAUUCGUAUAAAACGCAGGAGGAGUACGAAUCAUCCGAUAAUGAGAAAAAUGCAGUCAAAACUAUGGCAAAAAAUUUACCCAAGAAACGAAGCACAAAUAUUUGUCAACGGCGAGAAAUUAGUCAAACUCCCGCAAAAGCUGUAGAAAUCAAGGCCAAUGAUGAUGUGGUAAAUAAAAUUUAAUUAAAUGUGUAAAAGAUAGUUAAAUAAAUUUCAGUGUGAACUAUGGUUCCACAUAGAGUAAUAAUCC